AGAUGGCGGAGAGAAACUUGCUCUGGUCGUGGAAAACGGAGCCCGAUGCCGUGUUUGAGAAUCUCCAAUGGACGAGGAUGAAGGUCCAACUUAACGAUUCUGAUCGAGCAGAGGCCAUAGCUGCCAUCGAAGAUGUCCUCAAAAAAUUGCAGGAAGAUGAUAAGCGACAAGUACUCUUCUCAAUCGCCUACGCCGUCCAACAGGAACUCUUUAAAUCUAAGGAGAUAGACGUGGAGAUAAUAAAAAAACUUGCAGCGUUGUACCCACGGUGCGUGGAGGAUGAUGACGACGACCACCACCACGAUGACAACUGGCUGACGUCGGCGGCGGGUGAUUUUAAACUGUCAGCGGAUGCGGAUGCGGAGGAGGAGGAUGAGGAUGACGAGGAGGAUGAUGAGGCUGCGGAUGAGGACUGGGAAGAGUAUGUGGAUGAGGAUGAGGCCGUGGCGGAUGGCGGGGAUGAUGAUCUUAAAAAGAGAGAAGCAGCCAUGAAGAAGUUUGAAGAAGCAGGCAUCAAGGAAUUGAAGCGACAGUGCAAUAGUAUGGGAUGCAGUCUGAAACAAGGCCAAGAGCAGGAAAUCCUAACUUUUAUGAUUUCAUUCUUUACCAUACAAAGAUUCAGAGUUGAUCACGAAUAUCGGAUGAAAAGGUGCAUUGAAUUUUUCAUGUCACGUGUCAAAGGUUAUAUUUCUAGGUCUUGCACCCUCGACGACUUGGAAACUGUGAAAAAAGCCGUUGAAAGUGUGAAGAAGGAGAGGGAGGCUGAUGCUGAUCAAGUUCAUCAACUGUUGGAAAAGAAUACUGUACCGACUAAUGAAGAAGGGAUUGUUACCCCUGUGAACCAGUUAAAACAAGAGAAAAGAUAAUGUGGUAUUGAAUGCGAGAUUGUGACCCCCUUAAACCUGCCAGAACAAGAAGAAAUCUGCCUCACACCGCCGGAAUGUGAAGAUAUGAAAAAUGAAGAAUGCGGGAUUGCGACUCCUAUGAACCAGCCAGAACAAGAAGAAAAUAUGGUCGAUGUUAAUUUCUGCCUCACACCACUAUGGGAAGAUACGAAAACUGAAGAAUGUGCGACUAGGGACAGGGCUAAGAGAAAGCUCGCUCAGCUUUAACAAGGGAGUAACGUUUUGGUUAAUGCUUUCACAACCCGUAGGAAAUGCUGGUCACUUGCUUUCAAUCCGCAUUCAAUGAUACAAUAUCUUCAACCUGUGCUGCUGUCUACUAACUGCUAUGCUUCCAAAUAAUAUGUAUAUCACACUUUGAGACACUUAUUUUCUCCAUAUCCAUGUUAUGCACUUGUCUGUAGUUGGCUUCCUGAGACUGGCUUCAUGAUGUUGAACUCAAGCACCCAAGGAGACCAGCAGCUGACAAGUCGACUCUAACUAGCUCAGAAGUUGGAAAUUGGUGGGAGUCUUUGAGCAUUUUGCUUAAUGGGCUGGUUGGGUUUCAAGUUUCAACCCGAAAAAGUCCAAGGCUUGAAGUUACCCUCACCCUUGUGUUCAUGAAGAUGAAUACAUGAUGGCCUGGGAAAUUGGUAAGGCAUGAUUAAACAUUCUGCACAAAUGACUGGUUGGUUUUCUGAAUAUCUUACUCAGGUUAUGGAAAUUUGAUAUUCAACCUAAACUAUGUUGAAUAGUAUAUGUUUAGGUGUGGAUUCUUGGUACCGGGGCCAUCAACAAUGACAGAAAAUGUUGAUGGCUAGCCAUGCUUGACUCACAAAAAACUUAGUGUCUCUCUGAGUUGUCUUUAUCAAACACAGUUGAAUGGUAUUUUCAG